AAAUAUUUUCCCUGUGGUUUCUUGUUGAUAUCUCAGAAGCUCAAAGCAAAUAAUAUAUAUUUCUAAGGUUCAUCUGAGAAUCUUAUUGGAAUAUCAAUUUCAGAAAAAGCAUUGGAAAAUUUGAUUGCGUCAUGACAAAUGUCAUUUUCAAUAGAGCAAUUUGUUAAUUAUUUCAAUUGGGAAUUUCCUGAGCAUCUUUUGACGUGAAAAAAUUAUUUCCUUGAAAUAUUCUCAAUGAAAAACCGUACAGAACAUGGAAUUGCUUGUUGUGCAAGUUCAAAGUCCUGGAUGCUCCCAGUCUAGUGACUAUUAUCAACAAUUUAUAGAGAAACAUACUAUGAAGAACUGGCUACUUAAUGAUUUCACUUAUAGAAAUCUUCUCUGGAUUGCUUCGCAAAUUUUCCAAUAGGAAAAAUUCCUCACCCGCUUCUACAAAAAGACAAUAUUUGUAUUCACAUCUAAAAAGAAAUGUUGAUUCUGUCCAAUUAACGAGUGCCGAUAAGAACCAAUAUCCACUUGUUUACUUUCGAAUUGCGUUUUAUAGAUAUUCCAUCAAAUAAAUAUCGAAAUGCAUCUUCACAAAGGAUUCUUAUCUCUAGAAUGCUGAGAAACUGAGGAAUGCAAAUUUGAUAGUCUCUUCAUUCAAGCCACCUGCUGAAAUACUCACUUACUUAACGUCUAUUCAUAGGCAAAUUUCAACUACAAAUAUGCAUAGGGAUUCCCAGUGAAAAUUAUACUAUCUCACUGAUUAUAAGAAUGUUUCAGGCGGAUAACACAGUUAUUUUCAAUUUUAUGGAAAGUCUUCUUAUGCUUACAGGUGACGGAGAAUUUGUGAAUGAUUUCAUCAAUGAGGAUUUAUUGUACAGGUCAACUCAUUGACUCGUAUACACAUUUUAACAGUGCUUCCUUUUCUUCAAAUGAUAAUCAACCGUUAUUUUCAAUUUUAUGAGAAGUCCUUGUGCAGUAUGCUGAGGAUACAGAGCGAGUUGGAGCAGUUCACGAUACACAAAAGUUCCAGCGAGCCAGCGGUGGCGAUAGACAUUUCAGCGAAGGGUUUGCAGAAUGCAUCACCCUUCGGUACACCAGACACGCCACCACCCCCUUAUGACAUCAAGCAGGGUUGGAUGACGGGGAUUUUCGGCUGCCUGAGGCCGGUCCUGUCUAUAAUCGGUAAAGGAGGCCACGAAAUCAGGAAUGAACAAGACGACUGGGAGAUCUCCUUCGAGCAAAUUACCGACCUCACCUACCUAGGCUGUGGCGGACAAGGCGCUGUCUUCUCUGGAAAGCUCAACAACGAGCCGGUGGCCGUGAAGAAAGUAUCAGACAUCAAAGAAACGGACAUUAAGAACCUCAGAAAGCUAAAUCAUCCGAAUAUAGUAAAAUUCAAGGGCGUUUGUACGCAGGCGCCGUGCUACAGUAUUAUUAUGGAAUUCUGCCCAUACGGACCUCUCUUCAAUUUGCUCAAGAACCAAAAGAAUAUCGUCACGACGAAUAGGGUGGUCUCGUGGGCCAAGCAGAUAGCCAGCGGAAUGACGUAUCUACACGCGCACAAGAUCAUACACAGGGAUCUGAAGAGCCCCAACGUACUCAUUGGGGAAGGCGAGAUAAUCAAAAUCAGCGACUUUGGCACGUCUAGGACGUGGAACGGCGUCAGCGAAAAGAUGAGUUUCGCAGGGACGGUGGCUUGGAUGUCACCCGAGGUGAUCCGGGAGCAGAACUGCUCGGAGAAAGUGGACGUUUGGUCCUUCGGCAUAGUGCUGUGGGAACUGUUGACCUGCGAAGUGCCUUAUGAGGGGAUGGAACAGAGCGCGAUCAUGUAUCUAGUUGGCUGUGGUAAAUUGAAACCUCCGAUUCCGUCUACGUGUACGGAGGGUUUCAAGUACAUCAUGCAGCUGUGCUGGAAGAUGAACCCGAAGGAGAGGCCGUCCUUCAAGUUACUGUGCAAUCACUUAGAAAUAGCUUCAGAAGAGUACCUCGCCAAAUUCAAGGACGAAGAGUUCUUCGCCACUCAGGAAUCGUGGAAGAAAGAGAUCGAGACUGAAAUGACUCAGUUCAAGGCGUACUUACAAAAACACAAAAUGGACAUACAGAACGAACACGAGCAGUUGCUCAGGACCAGAGAGAUGGAGAUCAAGCACAUCAGGGACAUUAGGGAACUGUAUUAUCGGAAGUUGGAGAAGGUUGUGCAGAUGCAGCUAGAGCUGACGUCCGUGAAGCAGCAGUGGGAGGUGAAACAGUGCGGGAGGAAGAGGGAUAUCCCAAGCAAGACGAGGUUCAGUAGGGCUUUCAUCAAGAAGAAUGAAAGGCGGAAAAGUACGCAUAGCACCACGCCGACUAGUCCGGAACAUAGCUUGACUAGUCCAGACAGCCCACAGAUAAGGCCAAUUCUCAGACCACCAGUGUUCUCCUGCCUGGACCAAGACUGCAUACAAGAAGAGUCCGAGGCUUCAACAUCCCUAACUCCUUCCAUGAGAUCACGAAAGCGACAUCACAGAACGAGCUCGGGCUCGCCAAGGAACUCCUCUUGUUCGAGAAGUUCCAGCUACAGGAACUCGAUGCUCAUAGACAUAGGUACCCAGACCGACUACAUGGAUUACAGCGAGACUGACAUGAGCCCCAUAAGUCAGCCAUCGUCUGUGGGACCGUCAACAAAGUCCAGCAUGCCUAGGAGAGUGAUCUUGGAACAGAAAAUAGCCAAUGAGAAUGAAGAUGAAGGUGCCAAUGGCAAUGGAACAGUGCAGUUACAUUAUAUGCUUCAGCCUAUUAAUCCAGGAAUACCAAUUUUCACCAGAUGCAGCGCCAGCAGCAUGGAUCAGGAAGACAACGGGAACUGUAACGCUGACGAGAUAAUCAGAUACAGUGACGAAGAUAACCUAGAGACCUUGGCUCAGAAGGUGUCUGCGUUGAAAAAUGGGAAUAUUUUCAUGGACAUUAAUGGGACCGCGGAAAAUGGAAAUUUGACAGAUCAUUUUGGCAACGACAUCGCCAGGAAGAGGACCAAUUCUGAAACUAGGGAUGUGUUGGACAGCACUGAAGACGCAGCUAAUGAGGACAGCUAUACGGACGAGGAGGGGGAAACGUACAAUCAUACAUUGAAAAGAAAGAGUCUGACUCGAAGGCCAAUAUACCCGGGCCGUAGAUCUGGUCGCUAUAAAUCGGCGCUUCACUUUCAAAGGCAGCAACUUGCCUCCGACGAGGGCAACACUUCAGAAUACUCAGUAUCGCCAUCCAGCAAGAGCUCAACUCUGGAAUCCAUGAAUGCCAGGAGAACUUCGAACGGAAGCUUGAAGAGGACCAGCAACGGUUCAGACACCACGUCUGACAGCGAUUCUGAAGAUAACGUAACCAUAGUCACGCAGGUUCAUUGUGCGUAGAGAUACUUAAAUGAAUUCUUAGAUGAGAGCGUGUAAGAUUUUUUUAAGAGUUGGCUCUUGAGAUUUGUAUAUAGCAGUGAUGGUUCGAGAGGUUUUGAUGAGGUCGUUGAAGUGUUCCCAACAUUGCACAGCGUUGUUUAAUCAUGAUUUCGAAAGAUUUCAAGAAAACGUGAUGGAAAAACAGAAUUUCUUCACAUUCCUAAUAAGUGCGGAUUUCGGUCAAGUCAAGGAAAUUCAUAGUAAAGAAAACAGUUAAUAGCAGGAAGCAACAAAGCCCAAAUAGAAGACAAUUGAUUCCUUUACUUUGUCUAAGCUAUUAUUUAAACUUUUCCUGGUGGUUCCUUAAUAUGUACUUACAUAAAGAGAGAUGAGGUUCUUUUUUCUUUAUUCUUCGUCAAGUAAUCUAUGGAAUUUAGAAGGUUAAUAUUCUUUAUAAAUGAUUGUAACAAUGGGCGUCGAAUUAUGAGUGAGGAGCAGCGAAGAAUUAUUCAAAAUCAUUUAUGGAGAUCCUUCUGAAAACUUUUAAUAUCUUUUUAUCUAUGUGAAAUCGAAAAUAUUGCAUGACCUCAAGAAUCUAGUGUUACAAUAUAUGUGCCAGUCAAAGACACUAAUAUAGUAACUAUGAAUGACGGCAUGCUAUUCAGUUAUAAUAUCUAAGAGAUAUUUUUAAAUGACGUUAUACUCAUUGAAAAAAAAACUAUUUGUAUAUAUCUAAGAAAAUGACCUCAUCAAAAACACUUCUAUUAUAUAACUAUAAAUUUAAUGAUAUAACAUUGUCAGGAGAUUAUCUAGAUCAUUCCACACUAAAAAAAGACUGUUUUGAAAAUUAUUUAAACUGAAUUAUUUUAUUAGGAAUCACUCCAGUGACUUAAUUUUUCUGUAAAUUUCAUGCAGCGAAGAAAAUUCUCUUGCUUGCAUCCAACUCAAAAUUGUAUACGUUUUCGGUUGAUUUUGAAAAAUUGACGAACAGGUUUCUCUAAUUUGCCUCGAAUGUAAGAUGUUCCGUAUUUUGUAAGUAGAAUAGCGAAAUUUUAGAGCCUUUUUGCCAUUUUUAGCAGGCCAAUUUUUCUACCGAGAGACUAUAUAUUAAAUGCAAGGAUAUACUAUUUUUAUCGCUAUGUUUUGUAUAGAUCUAUAAAAAAUAUAGAUUGAUGUUAUAUUUAACUGAAAUUCAUCAAGAAGUCUACAGUAGAUGUCGUUGAUACAAAAUAAUGUAACUUUGGUAAAUGGUUUUGGUUCUACGACUCGUUAGAUAAUUAAUAAAGUGAAUACUAGAUCACUGAAAGUUUGUAAUGUAGAGGUUGAUUGAAAUUGAAAAAAAGUGAAGAACUAUUUUUCUUGUAGAAAAGUGAAAUUAUACAAACUCCUUUUCUCUGUAUUUAGGAGGACUACAAUAUUUCUUUCAAUUUAACCACUUGAAUUUACUCAGAAUUGUGAUUAUGAGCUCUCAUUUGUCCAUUCUCAUUAGUUUUUAAGGUAAAAUGAUGUGAUGUGAUGAUAUUUUUAGGUUAUGUUGUGUUUCAUUUUAGGAGCACUUAUUUUACAUUCCUUUUUGACUGUUGAUAAUUUCUUAUUGAUUUUUAUACCCUAAAUAAGUAUUUGUUAUAUAAGUAUUCUUUAAAGUUAAUUAUUUAAAUAAUUUUAUUUUUCUUAAUGUUCUAGUGUUGUGUGUUGUAUUUAUUUUUUUCGUGAUAAAGUUCAGAGGAAUUGAGUGGUUGAUUAUAUGCGUAGUACUUACCCAUUCGUAAAGUUUGAAAUAUUAAAUUCUCAUUGAACGUUAUCUGUUUCAACUCUUUUCUUAAUUUUAACACAGUUAUCUAGAGAUUUUCGUAAAUGACAGGAACUGAUUCAAAUGAAUACUUGUUUGGUGUGAAGCUGUACAAAAUUUAAGAAUGAUUGGUUCUGGAAUUCAGAAAAUAUUAUAAAAUGUAAAUAUUAGAUACAAUUGGAAUUUCUUGUGGCUUAAAUCACUGUCAAUAAAUCGAACACAACUACUUCAAA